GGCCCCAACGUCUGCGCCCCCGAGCGGGCCGCCGGGGCGCGGGGAGACUGGACAAGUUGGCGAGGAGGCCUGGAGACCCCAGGGGUUUCCAAGCUGUGCUACCACCUGAGCUGUGGAUCCACCUGGCUGUGGUAGCCUGUGGCAAUCGGCUGGAGGAGACAAUGGUCAUGCUCAAAUCGGCUGUUCUUUUUAGCCACAGGAAGAUACAAUUUCACAUCUUCACUGAAGACUCUCUGAAGCCUGAAUUUGAUGAGCAGUUACGGCAGUGGCCUGACUCUUAUACAAAGAAGUUUGAACACAGAAUCUACCCCAUCACAUUUUCUGUUGGAAACCCUCAGGAAUGGAAGAAGUUAUUCAAACCCUGUGCUGCCCAGAGGCUCUUUCUUCCGGUGAUUUUAAAGGAUGUGGACUCCCUUCUCUAUGUGGACACCGAUGUUCUCUUUCUAAGACCUGUUGAUGACAUCUGGAAGCUUCUGAGACAAUUUAAUUCCACCCAGCUCGCAGCCAUGGCUCCGGAGCACGAAACCCCCAAGAUUGGCUGGUACAGCCGCUUUGCCAGGCAUCCUUUCUAUGGCUCUGCGGGACUUAAUUCAGGAGUCAUGUUAAUGAAUUUAACUCGUAUAAGAAGUGCCCAGUUCAAGAACAGCAUGAUUCCAACGGGCUUGGCUUGGGAGGACAUGUUGUACCCUCUGUACCAGAAGUACAAGAAUGCCAUCACGUGGGGAGACCAGGAUUUAUUAAAUAUUAUUUUUUAUUUCAAUCCAGAGUGUCUCUAUGUGUUCCCCUGCCAGUGGAACUACCGUCCUGAUCACUGCAUGUACGGGAGCAACUGCAAAGAGGCCGAGCGUGAAGGUGUGUCUGUUCUGCAUGGGAACAGAGGUGUCUAUCAUGAUGAUAAGCAGCCGACUUUCAAAGCACUCUAUGAAGCAGUGCGGGACUUUCCUUUUCAAGAUAAUCUCUUUCAAUCCAUGUAUUACCCUCUGCAGCUGAAGUUUUUGGAGACUGUGCACACUUUAUGUGGACGAAUCCCGCAAGUUUUUCUGAAGCAAAUUGAGAAAACAAUGAAACGGGCUUAUGAGAAACAUGUCAUCAUCCGUGUCGGCCCCAACCAGAUGCACUGAAUAUUUUGUCUUGUUGCAAGUCAUUUGGCUAUCUUAUGAUGAAGGAAAUGUUAAUCUUUAGGCUGCCUGGAUCUUCUUGUGUGUGAAUAUUUAAUGGUGCUCCAUGACUGUUGAGUUUAAAACACCUUGUUAAAUUUUGCUAAUGAAUUGCCCUUAAAAGGGAAUAUGCUUUACUUUGAUUUUUUCUAAAAUGCUAUUCAUCUCU